AUGCCUCCUCACCAACAUCCCUUCUGGGACUUCAUGCAGUCCCUCAACAACCCCAACCCAAACAACCGCCGCGAUCCCGGCCACGGCGUCGAUCACAACACCUCCCCUCCAGGCCCCUUCCCCGGCUUUCCCGGCUUCCCCUUCGGAGCUCCUCCUCCUCCACACGGCGGACAUCCUCCCCACCAGCCUCACCAGCCGCAUCCACCUCCGCCUCCACCUCCCGGAGCCGGCCCCGGCCCCUGGUGGGAUCAAGCUCCCCCGGCCUGGGCUUACUGGUUCAACAACAACUUCAACGGCCCGCCUCGCUACGACGAACAUCCCUUCUCGCACGAUGCCGGCGUGAAUGUUCCCCGAGACGCUCCCCGCGAGGGCGAAGCCCCUCGUGAAAAGAACAAUGAAACGUCUUCUUCACCGGAGACCAUGCAGGAGGGCGAGCCAUUCCCCGACCCAGCGGAAGUCACGCCCUCGGAAAGCGACGACGAAGAAGAUAACAACCGUCGCGACGGCGUUCCUCCUCCGCCUUCAUAUCCUGCCGAGGGUGGACGAGGCGGACGUCAUGGACGAGGUCGUGGAGGCCACGCUCACGCCCACGGCCGCGGCCGCUGCGGAGGCCGUCGCGGAUGGCGCCGAGGAGGGCCCUUUGAAGGUCCCAACGCCGGUGGUCCUCCGUUUGACUUCCCCGGCAUGAUGCGCGGCUUCAUGGGCCACCCUUUCUUCCGCAACAUCCGGGACCAAGCAGCCCAAUACGCCCAGCCCACCACCACCCGCACCACCAACACGGAAGAUGAAAACACCUUCUCGCCUCCCAUUGACAUCUUCAACACCCCCGACGCAUUCAUCCUGCACACCGCCCUUCCAGGUGCAAAGAAGGACGACGUCGGCGUGACCUGGAACCCGCAGACGCGCUCCCUCCGCAUCGCGGGCGUAGUCCACCGCCCCGGCGACGAGGCCUUCCUGCAGACACUGACGGGCGUGCGGGAGCGUAGAGUCGGUGUGUUUGAGAGGGAGGUGAAGUUGCCUCCUGAGGGCGAGACCGAGAAGAAGGCCGAUGGGGAGGAGGCCGAUCUAGAUGUUGAUAUCGAUGGAUUUGGCAUCACGGCGAAGAUGGAGGAGGGAAUUUUGAUUGUGACGGUGCCAAAGGUGGAAAAGGAGUGGAUGGAAGUGAGAAAGGUGGACAUUGCGUAG